UUUAGCCUUUAAUGCUUUUUAACUAGAUAUCAACCUUCCAAUUAUCCAGAGUCCACAUAUAAAAAAGAAGAGGUUCAGGCGAUCAUAGCAAAGACUUAAUUACUAUAAAUAAAGGAAAAAAAAAAAAGAAGAAGCAGAUAUUGAGAAUACAACCGUUAAUUUUAUGUCUCAGUUGGCUGUCUUGAAUAUGCCUAGGCAUCCAAAAAGAAUGGGAGAUCUUCUACUAAUCAUGCUGGCUUUCACCAUAUUCAGUACCAGUGUUGUAACUGCUGAAGCUGCAAGGUGUAUAGAGAGGGAGAGACAAGCUCUUCUCAGCUUUAAACGUGGCCUUUUAGAUAAAGGUAACUUUCUAUCCUCCUGGACAAGCUCCAACGAAGAUUGCUGCUCAUGGAGAGGCAUCAGCUGUCAUAACCAACCUAGUCAUGUUAUCAUGCUCAAUCUUCGUCCGGAUAUGGACCAGUACCAUCCAUCCAAAAAGAUCGAAGGUGAGAUUGGCUCUUCACUACUUGAAUUGAAAUAUUUGAAGCAUUUGGAUCUUAGUCUCAAUAACUUUACUAGGAUACCAAACUUCAUUGGUUCUUUCACUAGCCUCAACUAUCUCAACCUCUCAUAUAAUGAUUUCAUGGUUGGUACAAUUCCUUCCCAACUUGGGAAUCUCACCAACUUGCAUGUCCUUGAUUUUCGUAAUUCUAUUGAAAUGAUUGACAGCCUUCAUUGGCUUCCGCAUCUCUCUUCUUUGAGAAUCCUCAAAUUUGAGAAUGCCAAUUUCACCAAAGCCGUUGAUUGGCUUAAAUCCAUUAAAUUGGCCACCUCCUUGUCAAGCUUAGAGUUAACGUAUUGUGAAUUUCCCAAAGUGGAUACUUCAUUUCUUUCCCAUCUAAAUUCUUCUAAUUCUCUAAGAGAUCUUUCAGUAUCUGGAUAUGGAAUUCAUCCAACAAUGAUUCCUUGGCUGCUCAAUGUUAGUAGUAACCUAGUUAAUCUCAUCCUAAAUAACAAUGAUGGAAUAAGAGGGUUGGUUCCGAAUUAUUUUGCAAAUAUGGAAUCUCUUGAACAUAUUGAUUUGUCAGGAAAUUCACUCGAAGGAGGAUUACCAAAAUCUUUGGGGAACCUUUGCAACCUGAAAGUAUUGUUGUUGAAUUACAACGGAUAUAAUGGACCAGUUGAUGAUCUUCUAGGAAACUUGAGUGGGUGCGCUAGAAAUUCAUUAGAGAUUUUGGGCUUGAAUGGGAAUCAACUUAGAGGGUCAAUUCCUGACAUGGAAACAUUCUCAUCUCUGCGGGAACUGUAUUUGGCUGAAAAUCAACUAGAGGGUCCGUUUCCAUUUAGCCUAAGCCAAAUUCACAAGCUUGUUGUCCUGCAUUUAUAUCAAAACUUACUCACUGGGUCUUUGCCUGAUCUUUCAAAACUUUCCUUCUUGAGAGAGUUGAGGGUAGGUAACAAUAAGUUGAACGGUAGCUUACCAAAAAGUAUCGGCCAGCUCUCUAAUUUGGUGAUCUUGGAUGUUUCUUCAAAUAAUUUUACCGGGAUAGUCUCUAAAUCUCUCUUGCAAAAACUUUUCAAACUGCAAGCAUUGGACUUAUCCUCCAACUCUUUCACAUUGAAUUUCAAUUCCAAUGGGAUUCUCCCUAGAGCAUUAUCGAUCUUAAAAUUGAAUUCCCUCAAAAUUGGACCUCGGUUUCCCAGCUGGCUUCGAACACAAUUGAAUUUGAGCUACCUUGAUAUCUCUGAUGCCGGUAUUUCUGAUGUUAUCCCUGACUGGUUUUAUCCUAUGGCUUCUAAAUUAGUGUACUUAAAUCUAUCUUUCAACCAUAUCAAUGGCACCCUGCAAAAUUUUCCUGCUCCAUUAUCUACAAUCGAUUUGAGUUCCAACCUAUUUCAGGGUACCAUCCCAGUCUCGCUUUCUAAUGCAGAAUUUAUAAAUCUCUCCCAUAAUAAAUUUACAAGAUUCAGAUCGUUCUUCUGUAAUCUAACAGAUAAGAUAUCAUUCCUCGACAUCUCUUACAAUAUUCUAACCGGAAGGUUUCCUGAUUGUCGGAUGGAUUGGUCAUAUCUAUUCAUUCUAAAUUUGGAAAGCAAUAAUUUAUCGGGAAUCCUCCCUAGCUCCUUGUCUUCACUGUAUCGUAUCCAAACUUUGCGUUUGAGCAACAACAGCUUCUCUGGUAUGAUUCCAUUGUUGCAGAAUUGUACCGAGUUGGGAUUUUUAGAUCUUGGCAACAACAAGUUGAGCGGAAACAUACCCACAUGGAUUGGUCAAAGCCUUAAAAGUCUGGAAGUCCUUCGUUUAAAAUCAAACAAACUCAAAGGGAGCAUGCCUUCGAAUCUAUGUAAUCUUUCUAAUCUUAAGAUAUUGGAUCUCUCUCUGAAUCAUAUAUCAGGAGAAAUUCCACCAUGCAUUCAAAAUUUGACCUCCAUGGCUUACAAUGAACGACCAUAUCGAGAUGGUGAAUAUACUAUAGGUUUCGAUAUUCCUUUUAGCUUUGAAGAUGAGAACACGUUUGAAAUAAGUUCUGCAGACAAAGCCCUGCUCAUGUGGAAGGGAAUAGAGUAUCGAUAUGAAAAAAUUCCUGAACAGCUAAAAAUGAUAGAUCUAUCAUGUAAUGCAUUGGUUGGAGAAAUCCCUGGAGAAUUGACAAAUCUUGUAGCCUUGGUUCAACUAAACCUUUCCAGGAAUAGUUUGAAUGGAACUAUCCCUAAGAAGAUUGGACAACUGCAUUGGCUAGAAUCGUUGGACUUGUCCCACAACCAGCUUUCUGAAGAAAUUCCUUCAAGCUUGACAAAUAUAUCUUCUCUUGCUUACUUGGACUUGUCAUAUAAUCAGUUGUCAGGGAGAAUACCUACAGGGACUCAACUCCAAAGCUUUAAUGCUUCUUAUUAUGAAGAAAAGAGGGGACUAUGUGGUCCUCCUUUGACAAGUAUGUGCCCUGCAGAUGAAACGUCACAACCUCCUUCACACUCAGCUGGUGGUAAAAGUGAUUUUGAAGAUGGCGGAUUGUGGUUUGACGUGUUGUGGUUUUAUAUAGGUAUUGGAAUUGGAUUCAAUUUUGCAUUUUGGGGUGUUUGUGGGACUUUGUUAAUAAACACUUCAUGGCGAAGGACAUAUUUUGGGUUCUUAAGUAACUUGAGAGAUUUUCUCCAUGUGACAAUUAGCAUUAAAUGGAGUAAACUGAAGAGAAGGAUUCAAGGCUAACGGCUCUCGGUUCAUAUUUUAUCUCCAGAGAAUAGAUUAUAGAGUGCUGAGACCAGAUCUUCUUUGCUUGUAGAGUUGUUGCAAAGAGUGUUAACUAUAGUGGCGAAGUUACUACUCCUGGAGAAGGGAUCUAAAACCAAGUGGCCGAAACAAUUGGAAAAUUGGAAAUUUUCUAUCUUAAGCUUUGAUUAUGGCUAUUUUUUUUUUUUUUGGCUUGUCAGCAGUCAAGGGUAAUUCUCAUGUAUGUGGCCUGAACUUUAAUUGUUUUAGAACUUUGAUUUUUGAUAUGAAAACGUUGGUAUUUGAAUAAUUCUUAAAUUUGAGUUAUUUGUCAUGAAAUAUUUAUAUGUGGUGACAAUUUGGUAGU